AUUACCGCCAUAUAUGAGACCAAUUUAUCAAGCUAUUCUGGAAAUCUUCGAUGAAAUGAAAGAAGAAUUGACCAAAGAAGGUAAAUCAGACCGCGUUUACUAUGGUAAAUUUGAGAUGAAAAAGUUGGCUAGGGCCCAUUUUAAAGAAGCGCAAUGGUUAAAUGCUGGCUAUAUUCCAAAUUGUGACGAGUAUAUAAAAAAUGCAAUUGUAAGCACUACCUUUAUGGUGCUUGGAACAACUUCUUUGAUUGGUAUGGAGGAAUUCAUGAUAACAAAAGACAUUUUUGAAUGGAUAAAAAAUGAGCCUUCGAUUCUUCGAGCUUCAUCAACUAUCUGCAGAUUAAUGGACGAUAUUAGUGAUCAUGAAGUAAGUACAAUAAAUGAUAUUAGUACAUUUUCUUAAGUCGUGAUCAUGUCUUGCAUCCCCCCUAGUAUUAUGACCACUUGCAUGUUUUUCUCGAAUUUCAUCAGU